AUGGCCAUGAUAAAAUCAAAAAUACCCCAAAAAUCCACAAUGACAUUCCAUCAAAGUAUCUGGCUACUAUAUUGGGCAGAAGGAUUUCCCUCCCGCGCGGCGACCCGGCCGUACGAGCGCGCUCAACACCGAGUGCGCGCGAGCAGCGAGGCCACGACGCGCUGGCGCCACGACGCAGGACGCGUCGCGCUGCAGGAGGUCAAGGGCGCGAAAGGGCGCCGAGUGCAGCCAGGGCGCAAGCAGCGAGGCCGCGCCGCUCUGGCGCACUGCUCUCGACUCCGCGCAGCCCGCGCAGCGACCUGGCCAUACGAGCGCGCUCAACACCGAGUGCAUGCGAACAGCGAGGUCACGUCGUGCAAGGUCGCGGGGCGCGUCGCGCUCUGGCGCGCUGCUCUCGACUCGCACGACAACCUCAACACUCUCGACCCGCACGACGGCCUCAACAGCGGGCAGCCCGCGCAGCGACCCGGCCGUACAAGCGCGCUCAACACCGAGUGCACCGAGAGCGCGAGCAGCGAGGCUACAUCGCGCUUCGGCGGCCCUGGCGCAAGUCCCCACCGCGAUGCACUGGACCGCCACCACCACGACUCGGCGAGAGAUUCGCGCCGACAUUCAGGAGGGCGGAGCGCAGAGCUGCGAGACAAGGAGAUGCGACGAAGGAGAUGGAAGAGAGAGGCAAUGGCGAGGGUAGAGGUAAUGAGUGUGAAAGCUCGAAGACCAAAGCCCGCACAGCGGCCCGGCCGUAUGAACGCGGUCAACACCGAAGGAACCGAGGGGUGCGAGGCCAUGUUGCGCAACUUCGGCAGUCCAAGCCCAUUGGCAAGGCCUUUGCACGGGAGUUCGCGAGGCGAUGCGGAUGUUGGCGUCGAUGGCGAUGCGGACGGCGCCGGACAAGUUGUCGAGGUCGAGUACGGCUGCUCGGGAGUGCCGGGCGCGUCGGGGCUUGUCGGCGGGCUCGGUGGGGUACACUGGGGUAGUGUCGAUGUGCACGGGUGCGCGGCAUCGGCGGACGUGCAGCGAAGCUUGGUGUGGUUGUUGAUGUGGCACUGUGCAGGGUCAUUGGUGGAAGUUGUGUCGGCGCAGGGGUGGGGAGGGCGUACACUGGGUAUGGCCCCUGGCCCUUGA